AUGGGAAAUCACAGCUUGCUGAAUGAGUUCAUCCUCCUGGGAAUCCCUCAGUCGGAGGGACUGGAGACUGUGCUCUUGGUCAUCUUCUCUUCCAUCUACCUCUUCACCCUGCUUGGGAAUUUACUCAUCUUUACAGCAAUCAUUUCAUCCUCCACUCUUCACACCCCCAUGUAUUUCUUCUUGGGACUUCUGUCUGUUUUUGACAUGUUGUUCCCUUCUGUAACCUGUCCCAAGAUGCUCUUUUAUCUCUCUGGUCUGAGCCGAGCCAUCUCUUACAAGGGCUGUGCUGCACAGCUCUUCUUCUAUCACUUGCUGGGCUCUAUGGAAGGAUGCCUCUAUUCUGUGAUGGCUUAUGAUCGCUAUGUUGCCAUCUGUCACCCACUAAGGUACAUGGUCAUCAUGAAACCUGCAGUCUGUGUCAGCUUGCUCAUGGUAGCCUUGUUGGUGGGGUGUCUCCAGGCCACCACACUGACCUCCUUUACCUUUCAGUUAACCUACUGUGGCCCCAAUCAGGUGGACCACUUCUUCUGUGACAUCCCUGCAGUUUUACCCUUGGCUUGUACUGACAGCUCUCUGGCCCAGAGAGUGGGCUCCAUUAAUGUUGGCCUCCUGGCUUUAACACUCUUAUUCAGUGUUUGUGUCUCCUACACUCACAUUGGGAUUGCCAUUCUGAGAAUUCGUUCAGCAGAGGGCAGGCAGAAGGCUUUCUCCACCUGCAGUGCCCACCUCACUGCCAUCCUCUGUGCCUACGGACCUGUCAUCAUCAUCUACCUGCAGCGCACACCCAACCCUCUGCUUGGGGCCGUGGUGCAGAUACUAAACAACAUUGUCUCCCCCAUGCUGAACUCCUUGAUCUACUCCUUAAGGAACAAAGAAGUGAAAAGGUCCCUGAAAAUAGUGUUCCAAAUUGCAAUAUUUUCUGUUCAAGAAUGA